ACACACACACACACACACACUUUUAUUAUAUGCCAAUCUGGCAACCAACCUCAUACUUUCGCUUUUAUUACAGGUCUUCGAUAACAGCGUACAGUGCCACAUUUUGUUGCUAAAGCGGAUCUCAGCGACAUUAAGUCAUCAUGAAAUAGAAGUCUUCAGUAACAUCUAAAACAAGAUGGCAGCAGCUGAAUAUGCUCCGGCAGUCCAGCGGCCUGUGCUGCGGAAACGCAAGAGCAGUCUUAUGGAACCACCUACUAUGAGUACAUCGUUGAGGAUUAUCAUAUUUGGAAGCUCUGGUCAUCAGCAGUUCUCUCUGACCGAGUCGAUCCUGCAGCGAGCGGUGUUUACCGGCGCUGAUCCUCACACUAUACUGACCACUAAAACUUCAGGAGAGAUCCUUAACAAAAAAGUGACUCUGGUCAACACCCCAAAUCUCGUCGAUCACGAUUUAUUUCACUAUACGUUGAAAAAAGAGCUGAAGAAGGCGGUUUGUUUUUCCUGUCCAGGGCCACAUGCUGUCCCGUUCACACUAAAUCCAUCAGAAAUACCCUCAAAUGUGUACGACAUUUAUAAACCGUUAGUGCGCUACUUUGGAGAUCAAAUCUUGAAAUACACAAUGAUUGCUUUAUACCAUGAAGAAGAGGAGUUGAGAAAAGGCAGAGAUGCAGAUCGCAGAGAGACUCGGCUUCACUCUCAGACUUGUGGAUUAUGCAGCGGCUGUAGGAAAAGGAGCGUUUGCAGGGGCGGUGUUAGCGGGGGUGAUGGGGUUUCCGGGUAUGGCUGUAGGAGCAGUGGUUGGUGCAGCACUCGGUUGUUUGUUAGGUGGUGCAGCUACAGCAGCUUGGAACAUUGUCUCUAAUGCUUUGGCAGAUUUUGGUAGACAUGCAGCUUAAACUCAAUUGUAGACAUUCACCUGUAGACAUCAGCGGGUUUAAUGGCUAAAUAAGGCAGGUCUAGUCUUGCAUAUAUAUUUUUAUAUAAUAUAACAUUAAGUUUGCAGAUGACCUUCAGUUCCUAAUCAAUUCUUUCUUUUUUUUAAGAUAAACUGGAAUAUUAAAUUAAAUUGUAGUAUUUAAUGAAUUAUGUUUUUUAAAAUUAUAUGCAGUAUUGUGCAACAGUCUUGGGCCAUACAGUGCCUUGCAAAAGUAUUCAUCCCCCUUGGCAUUUUUCAUGUUUUCUUACAUUAUAUCCUGUAAUUUAAAUGUUUUUUUAUCUGAAUUUUAUGUGAUGGAUCUGAACAAAAUAGUCUAAGUUGGUGAAGUGAAAUGAGAAAAAUAUAAUAUAUAAAAAAGAAUUUAAAAAAAAUUAAAAAUCUGAAAAUUGGCAUGUGCAUAUAUAUUCACCCCCUUUGCUAUGAAGCCCCUCAAAAGUUCUAGUGCAAUCAAUUACCUUCAGAAGUCACAUAAUUAGUUAAAUGAAGUCCACCUGUGUGCAAUCUAAGUGUCACAUGAUCUGUAAGUAUAAACACACCUUUUCUGAAAGGCCCCAGAGGCUGCAACACCACUAAGCAAGAGGCAUCACACCAUGAAGACCAAGGAGCGCUCCAAACAAGUCAGGGACAAAGUUGUUGAGAAGUACAAGUCAGGGUUGGGUUAUAAAAAAAUAUCCAAAUGUUUGAUGAUCCCCCGGAGCACCAUCAAUCCAUAAUCUUCAAAUGGAAAGAACAUGGUACCACAACAAACCUGCCAAGAGAGGGCCGCCCACCAAAAACUCACAGACCGGGCAAGGAGGACAUUAAUCAGAGUGGAAGCACAGCAAAGGUAACCCUGAAGGAGCUGCAGAGUUCCACAGCAGAGACUGGUGUAUCUUUGCAUGGGAUCACAAGAAGCCGUACACUCCAUAGAGCUGGGCUUUAUGGAAGAGUGGACAGAAAAAAGCCAUUACUUAGUGUUAAAAAUAAGAAGGCACGUUUUGAGUUGGCCAAAAGACUACACUUUUCUAAAUGCAUCCAGAACCUUGUGAUCUGAGUGACAUGAGUAAGCAAUGUGAAAUUCUGUGUUUUUCUAGGUCAGAACACUGUGGCAUAGAAACAACAUGAACGAAGUACCUCUUUUCAGUUAGCUAACUUUUCAGUUAGUCAACUAAAUCUGUUCUCCAGUGAGUACUAUAGAUAAACCAUUGAGGAUUGGAAGCUGUGGCUAUCAGGAGAUUUCUGUCACAGAGUCAAACCUGCAAAGUGCGGUCUUUAACAGUGCUGAUCCUCACACUAUAGUAACUAGUAAAACUUCUGAAGUCUGCUCUCUGCACUUUCAGAAGGUGAAAAUCAGUAUAUAAUUUUGGAAAAUCUGAGAAAGAUGGAAUCACUACACUAUUGGAGGAACUGGACAACAAGUAUUCUCCAUGAGAUGUGCAAAAAGAAAUGAACCGUUAUAAAGAAACCAUCUAUUUACAGAACAAGGAAAGGGCAGAGGUGCAGACUGCAGAUAGACAUUAUGAGUGUAUAUGAUUCAUUCUGAGACUUCAGUAUUUGGAGCAGUAUGUGCUGCAGUGGCUAAUCCAUCAGUAGCUGUUAUUGGGGCAUUAGAUGCAAAUUGAGUUCAUUUGAAACUCACAAUUUUCUUUUUUUGCACUAAUAAAUAAAUGUAAUAUAUGGGCAAUAUGUCUGCAUUCACAUAGCAGGUAAAAGUGGCCCAAAACUGAUUUUCUUUUCAUUCUUUUUACAUUAUCUUCUGUUUCCCAACUGUUUAGUUAAUUCUAUUUUUAGUAUAAUUUUAAUUAAAAUCUAUUCCAGUAUUUUGUAUAUUUAUAUUUUAUGCUUAUUUUAUUCUUUUACUUUUAUUCUUUUUGAUUCUUUGAAUGAGAUUUGUUUUUUCUUAUGCCACAAAUGUUUGAUAAAUGAUUAUAUUGAAUGUUGUGAACUGCAGUUCGUUCCUGUUAUCACUGAUGUUAUUAAAGCUAUUAACAGCUUCUUUUUUCUCUUUGUUGUGAAUGAGCUGUGCAAACAAAUGUUAAUGUGAAAUGAUUUCCUUUAUUCUGUUUUGUUAAAUAAAAAUAAAGUUUUUUUGUUUAAUACUUUUUUGGUGUAUUCUCAGCACUAGAAAUACUAGUAUGUUAAUUGACCGUUUUGCUCAAGUCCAGUCUCGGAGAUACUCUCUGAUUCCACCCUCAAAGAAAUAGGAUCGAAAAGUUACCAAGAGCAUGAAGUAGACAAGAUACAGACAAGCAGCA